GAGCCUUGCUCUUUACAAUACUACUUUGACGAAUUCUUCAUGUGCUACACACCAAAAUCGCAGCUAAGAAACUGGUAUCGCUACGGCGAGCAAAAGGAUUGUAGUGAGCGUUGGCGUGAUCUCAAGUGGUGCAUCUCCACGCGGAUGACGGAUGAGGAAGGGGAGCAAGCUAUGUUGCGCCGUCGUCAGAUUGAUUUGCUCAAGCGUGUCCGCUCAGGCCCAAACAGCGAGGACAUCUGGGAACUGCGC